CCUCUGCUGACGCCUUCUCCUGCGCGCUCAACAAGGGCCCCUCCACACCACACACAUGGCCUGCUACGACCUCUGCCGCCCCUGCGGACCCACCCCGCUGGCCAACAGCUGCAACGAGCCCUGUGUCAGGCAGUGUGAGGACUCCCGCGUCGUCAUCCAGCCUUCCACCGUGCUGGUCACCCUGCCAGGACCCAUCCUCAGCUCCUUCCCCCAGAGCACCGCCGUCGGAUCCUCCUCAUCUGCUGCCGUGGGCAACGUCCUGGGUGCCCAGGGAGUGCCCGUCUCCUCUGGGGGCUUCGGCUAUGGCCUUGGCAACGGCUUCGGAGGCCUAGGCUGCUAUGGCAGGGGAAGAGGCUGCAACAUCUGCUAAGGGGUCUUGACAGAACCCUGACAACAGCAACAACACCCUGGAAGCAGCACAAAGGACUGAGGAUGCACAUCCACACUGUUCCUGACACAUAUAUCUGCUGUCCACAAGUUCUGCUCUCAAGGCACCAAGAAAGGAAGCAGGGCAGGGGCUCAGAUCCUGCUGUCUGCUAACAUUCCCCAUGGACCAACUCCCCUUCCUCACUUCCUUCUCUGCAUCAACCAUCUGCUAUGUCCAGUACUUUCUCUCCCAGCCAGCAUCUCACAAGCUAAGCAAGGUUGAGGGGACCUUUAGUGGGCUCCUCCCAAUUCAGGGCAGGGAGACCUCAGUGCUCUGACAACUUGUACUUUAAAUAGAAAUUCUCAGAUUAUGGUCUCUGGACUCGCACCAUAGACCAGCCCUCUACAGCUGUAUGCUUU